AUGCCCAUCUUCAGCGGCCUUGGCCAGCGACGGGGGUCCAAGCCCCGCGAACUGCACAUUCGAAAGAUUUCAUUCUCUGGCUGCUCGCUCUCCGAGUCAUUCUCUUCAGAUUCAUCAUCAUCCACUCUCCGCGCGCAUACGCCUCGCCUGGCAACCAGCACCGGCACUGCCUCCAGCUUCGACGGACUCUCUAUUCACUCAAGUUACCCUCCUAAGCGGCUGCAUGACCGGCCAUUCAUCAUGUCUGAUCGGCAACACUAUGAGUCGGCGCCAGCAUUUUACGACAGCGAAGAUGCCGAGAGCAGCGAUCUGGAAGCCUCUGAGCGAGACUUUGAUGGUGAGGAUGAGGACCAGACACAAUUCACCAUGGAGCUACCUCAUGCAAGCCCUGUCAGCAACCACGACUAUGAUGCUUCAGAGGAGCCACAUGAUUAUUUCUUCAUGCACAUCACAAGUAGACCGAAGCCAGUCAACCAGUCUCGCUGGUCUGACUCUACUAUUGCAUCAACCAUCGCCUCACUGGAUGACCUCACUCCCGUGUCAAGCAUGUCUGAGCCCACUUCAGCCGCUAUUGCCGAUGCUGAAGAGGCCGAAGCUGCUGGCGCAUCUACCCCUGGCUCUGUAACCUCAGCCGCGCCCGUUCCCAAGAGGCCAACAUAUAAGCCUGUCGACAGCUUUGAGGACUACGUCCGACGCGGGGGCUGGAAGCGAAGAGGCAUCGUCUUCAAUCGCGAAGACAUGGACACCUUUGAAGCCCGAUAA